AUGCCGUUAUCACUGUCUCCGGCUCGAGUCUUUGCUGAGCUAGUCCCUUCACCUGUCGGGAGAAAUGGCACGGACAACGAUUCGCCUGGCGUUGCAAAAGGGACCCCUGGAUUUGUACAGCCGCCCGGCAGGGAGGUUCACGUGAGUGGGACCGCGGAGCUAAGCGCAGGCCCGGACCGUGCAAAGGUCACUAUCCAUUUGAGAAGCAAGAAACCGGAGGCCUGUGCGGCGCGGAGCAGCGUCACUCGGCGGCUGGACUACAUCGCCCAGACCGCACGACAGCGCGGCGGCAUCUCGGUAGAAAAUGUGACUGUAACAAAAAACUUCAGUAGAAUAGAUAAUGCUUAUAAGAUGGAAGCAGAGGUCUGCAUUACAUUCAGUGAUUUUGAAAAAAUGCAAGAUGUUUGUAACUUUCUUGUUGAGAAGCUAGAUAGUUCUGUCAUCAUCAGCCCACCUCACUUUUACCAUACAGUGGAGACCAUGGAUAAUCUUCGGCGUCAGGUAUGUCUUGCUGCAAUUGGCAGUGCACAGCAAAAAGCCCAAGAAGUCUGCCGACUGUUUGGCCAGUCACUGGGAAAACCUCUGCUAAUAAGAGAGGAAGAAAUGAAGGAAUGGGAAGGCCACCUAGAAAAUCACAGCAUUAAUCCCUCAAACUUACUGAGUUUGCGGCAGAGACUCCAAAGUGCCAUAAUUUAUGUUUCUUCAAAGAUGUUUGCUAUCUUUGAGAUAAAGGGAGAAAAAAAGAGAAAACACACAGCUCUUUUAAACAUAAACUGA